AUGUCAUGCUUGAAAAAUGAAGCCAGAUUGAAGGAGCUUCAGUUGAGUUAUGUCAUCGUAGUUAAGGUCCUUAGUCUAGGCCCACAGCAUUACCAGCGCAGGCAGUGUUCUGGGAAGAGACUUGCUGUUAAAAAGCUCACAACUGCAAUCAAAAAAUGGAGAGGAUCUUUUCCACCAAACAACGCCAAGGGGAACAAUAUUCUUCACGUUGCGGCUCAAUACAAGCAGGUAAAUUUCAUCCGAGAUAUUCUGCAACAUCAAUCAAGAUCGUCCCUUCUUUGGCAAGGUAACGACAGAGGAGACACUCCCUUACAUGUUGCUGCUAAAGUGGGAAACGACCAUGCGGUUCGAGUCUUCACGGAUUUGGCAAAAUCACUAGAUCAACUUGAUGCAUGCAAAAAGCUACUUGAGAGACAGAAUAAUAAGGAGGAUUCCUCGCUGCACUAUGCAAUUAGAGGAGGUCACGAGUCGGUGGUUGAGUUGCUGAUUAAAGAAGAUCCUCACCUAUGUGAUAUUACUAAUGCUGUUGGUGAGUACCCGCUUUAUCUUGCAACACAUCGAAGCCUUCCAAAUAUCAUUGAGCCGAUUUUACAGGCUUCCUCGUCGCCAUGCUCUCAUAAGGGCCCUAAGGGACUGACAGCUCUACAUGCCGCAGUGCACUCCUCACUAACAAUUUCGGAUAAAAUCUUGGAGAAGAGACCAGACUUGAUCAAUGAAGGAGAUGAUAUUCGGUGGACUCCUCUUCAUUAUGUCGCUUACUCUGGAAAAGACGAAGCAGUUCGACUGCUCCUGAAACACGAUACUUCUGCGGCAUAUGGCUUAGACAAAGAGGGAGAUUCAGCUCUUCACAUUGCAGCGUUUCAAGGCCACAUCAAAGUCAUUGACGAGCUCGUUACAGUUUGUCCUGAUGCUUGGGACAUCAUAAACAACAAAGGGCAAACGGCUCUUCAUGCAACUGUCAUUGGAGGACAAGUAAAGGUAGUCAAGUACAUAAUAGGGACGUCAAACCUGGAGGAUCUUAUCAACGAACAAGAUACUGAUGGAAACACGGCUCUACAUUUGGCUGUGCUUCAUAAAAAAUACAUCAUUUACAUAUUGGCACAAGAUAAGGGGGUGGACUGUUCAGCCACAAAUAAGGAACAUUUGACCGCCCAUGACAUUUUUUAUGCUCACAAAGAGGUCGGCUACGCUGCCGCAAAAGCUCAUCACUUGUUGGGAGAAUUUGGUGCGUUCUAUUUUCAACGCGCGGUUGUUGAAAAUGUUAAGAAGUGGCUAGACAAGCCAAAUGAUAUCUCUAUAACCACAGAAAGGAAUAUUGCCUACCAAGAAAAUUACGAUGUAUUUGCCAAGUUUCAAAUACUAGUGUCGGUACUCAUAGCCACAGUUGCCUUCGGCGCGUCCUUGACGAUGCCCGGAGGUUAUAACAACGACAAUGGAAUGGCGAUUCUUGCUGGCAGGGCAGCUUUCCAAGCCUUUGUGAUAUUGAACUCUAUAGCGUUCGGUUUGUCAGUGCUGGCAUUAACCUUACAAUACGCUGCUACUGCCAUGAAAGGUCACCUGAGGGUAGGAUAUGCCAGCACCGCCACAAAUUGCGCUUACACGGCUGAGAUUGCGAUGAUACUAGCCUUUGCUUGUUGUACGUAUGUUGUAUUUCCCAGAACCAUCGGGCUCGGAAUCGUUUCUAUUGUUGGCAGUCAAAGUAAACCAACUGUGGCCGUGCUCAAGAUUGACAGGAGCGCUGCAAAGGCCAACAAGUUGAGACUUCUCCUGUACGUGAAGGAUGUCCAAGUCGACUCCAUCACAGUUAACCAAAAAAUAAUCCAAGAGGGUUAG